GGUUAGGGAAAAUAAAGCCAAACAAUUUCAGUCCUCUACUUUUGCAGUAAUAUGAACAUUUUGACAAAACAUUUCUACUACAAUUCCCAGCAUGCUCUCAAAUCCAUCAAAGGUCAUGUCAAAACCAGUCACGUGAUGUCAGUGCCGCAUGUAAACACAGCUCAAAUGUGCUUGUUUACUUCUCGUGGGACAUAAUUGACCGUUUUUCAACAUAAAACGGGAUUUGACCAAAUUAUGGAGGUUGAAACUGCCAGACCGUACUUCUUUGGAGACAUAGGCUGCUGGUCGGAGAGGACCGAGGUGCAUAAGGCGGCCUCCGAGGGACAUGCUGCCCAGCUGCAGCAACUCAUCCAGAGCGGAGCCUCUGUCAACAUAGUGGCUGUGGACUCCAUCACCCCCCUCCAUGAGGCAUGUGAAAGGGGGCAGACCCAGUGUGUCAGGCUGCUACUGGAUGCUGGAGCACAGGUGGAUGCCCGGAACACGGACGGUAGCACCCCUCUGUGUGAGGCCUGCUCGGUUGGGAGCUUUGACUGUGUGAGGAUGCUGCUGGAGCAUGGGGCCAAGGUGAACCCCACCCUCUCUUCCCGGACCACCUCACCCCUACACGAAGCUUGCAUGGGGGGUAAUGCUGACGUCGUGAAGAUCAUGAUCGCUAAAGGUGCCAGCCUGGAGGCAUAUGACCUGUACUAUGGGACCCCACUGCAUGUGGCGUGUGCCAACGAACACACAGCCUGCGUCAAGGCGCUACUCAAUGCAGGUGCCAAAGUGAAUUAUGCUCGGCUGCACAAGACGGCCCUGCACCAUGCUGCUAAAGUGAAGAGUGUUGACAUGAUCGACAUGCUGGUGGAGUUUGGGGCGAACAUCUACGCCAAAGACAAAAACGAUAAGAAGCCCAUUGACUACAUCGAACCCGGUUCUCCCGCUGCACUCUGCUUAGAGUUUUAUGAAAGUACUCCAUUGAGUCUGCAGCAGCUGAGCAGAGUGACCCUGAGGACGAUGCUGGGGAGCAGAGCUCUGGAGGUCGUAGUUCAACUGGACAUACCAAAGCAAAUCAUUCGCUUCCUAUGUUACCACUGACCCUGAUACCAUUAUCUUACUAAGGUGAAGGAAGGAAGCUCAGAGACUGAAACCUUUAAAAAAGAAACAUCACAAUUAUCAAAAUGCUACAGUCUGAACCUUAGAUGCCACUAGAUUAGAUGCAUAAAAAUAAUAUGCAUACAGCAAAGCACAGGUUUCCAAACCAACAGUAUUUUUAAGCAGAGCACUUUUGUCUUUGAUGUCUUCAGAAUGUGUGCCAUAUCAUCACAUUAGAUACAUAUUUAAAGAACAGAAGCAUAAGGAGGUUUUAAUGGGGACUUUUUACAUACAGUUUAUUCUUAGAACUCCGAUAUCUUGUAAACCUACAUAAAAGACAAACGGAGGCCCUCAGGGAAAACAAGGAAGAGGGGGAGAGGAGAAAAUAAAUGGAGGACAGGAAGUGAUUUUGGCAGCUGAUCCUGUCCACUCUGCAACACCGUCUGUGGACACUACACCAGCAUCUUAGUCACCAUGACAAUGCGGCAACAACACAACCGUUAGCAACACAUCCCAGAUCUCCGGUACAUCCUCAGGAAUGAGAAACGGUGUUGCAGCAGGAGGAUGAGCGGCGUUCCCAUUGACACUCUCCAGAUGUCAAUGUGUAUCCCAGAUUCCUCCCUGACAUCGGAACGGAAACCACACCUGACAACUAGAUGUGUUUGAGGCGGACGUGGAAUCCAGGCAACAGAGAAACACCAUGGAAAACGAUCAUGCUUUUUUACUGUUAGCAUCUCUGAUCUGUUGCAUCCGCUAUAGCUGAGACGUCCCAGGCCUGAAUAUGUUGUCUGUUUUUGGGGUGUGUGAUGUGGAUUCCUCAGUUACACGAUGUCUCUCUGGUCACUGUAUUGGUACUGUUAUAAUUUGACAUAACCCGUCUUAAUAAUGGGAACAGAGGAAUAUGUCUGUUAUUAUCAACAUGAUGUCUAUGUAAGGAAAUGUGCGUUAAUCACAAAGUGUGUUUAUAAAAGAUUAUGACCUAUUUUAA